GGAAGUCUUUAUGGUGGGCCUGCCGGAAGUCGUUGAGGCCUUCUCUUGCCCUCGAGCCUGUCCGUGGGCGUGGCUCCCGCCCGCCCGGGCGCUCCCCGGUGACCGAAGACGGUGAUCCGGGGUUGUGAGGCCGGCGGGCGCAGUCAUGCCCCGGUAUUAUGAGGACAAGCCGGAGGGCGGCGCGUGCGCGGGCGUGAAGGAGGACCUGGGCGCGUGUCUGCUGCAGUCGGCCUGUGUGCUCCAGGAAGGAAAAUCCCCACGGCAGUGUUUGAAGGAAGGAUACUGCAGAGCUUUGCAGUAUUCGUUUUUUGAGUGUAAAAGAUCAAUGUUGGAUACCAGAUCAAGAUUCAGAGGAAGAAAAGGAUAUUGAUAACAUGUUAAAAGCAAGAUGAAAAUCACCCUGGAUUUUCUCUGGUCCUUGAUGGAAAAGAGCCAAAAGGAAGCAGAGUAGCUGCUGCAUCUGCUUGACAUCUGGACCAGGUUUUCCCUCCAGAGAACACUAGAGAAAAUGGACAAAUGCUGUUUCUGAAUGAUUCUGUCAUGUGAAGUCAUUUAUAGAAGAUACAUUUGAUUGAACAAGUAUGGGCUAAGAAUUUAAUGUUAUGGGAAUUGCCUAAUGGAAAGAUUAUGUUCAAGGAUGACUCUCCAUCAGAUUACACAGUGUGUGCAUCCAGGAGGCCAUAAUGUGACUAACACAAUUAGUAACACAGAACCUGUUGUUUGUUUCUUGGUUUCAAUUUAAUCCAGCCCUCUCCUUGUAGUGGAAUAAUUAAUGUCAGCCAAAGUCCACAUCCUCAAGAUCUGUGUGGCCCAAAACAGAGUGUGGGCCCACAGAUCACACCCUACUAAAGCACUAUAGUUUUUUUCUGGGUCA